GCGAGUGGGGUAGCCGGUGGAGAUGCUGAGGCUGACCCGGCUCUGGCUCCUGUGGCGGCGACCUCCGGCGGCGGGGGUCCCGGCCAAGAACCUCGGCCUCAGGGAGGUCGCCACUGGUGUCUCUCCGCCGGGCAGUGCCUCGCUCAGAGCCCUAAAUAUCUUUGACCGCGUUUUGAAGAGGAAACAGAAGAACUGGGCGGCCCGGCAGCCCGAGCCAAUGAAGUUUGACUACCUGAAGGAGGAGGUUGGAAGUCGGAUUGCCGACCGUGUAUAUGACGUAGCCAGAGAUUUCCCCCUUGCUUUGGAUGUUGGUUCUGGAAGAGGUUACAUAGCACAACAUUUGAAUAAGGAAACUGUUGGAAAGUUUUUCCAAGCAGACAUUGCAGAAAAUGCUUUGAAAAAUACCUUAGAAACAGAAAUUCCUACUGUCCGUGUUUUAGCUGAUGAAGAAUUCCUUCCCUUCCGAGAAAAUACGUUUGACCUGGUGGUUAGCAGUUUAAGUUUGCACUGGGUGAAUGACCUUCCUAGAGCGCUUGAACAGAUUCAUUAUGUUUUAAAACCAGAUGGAGUGUUUAUUGGUGCAAUGUUUGGAGGUGACACACUCUAUGAACUUCGGUGUUCAUUACAGUUAGCAGAAACGGAAAGAGAAGGAGGAUUUUCUCCACACGUUUCUCCUUUCACUGCUGUCAAUGACCUGGGACAUUUGCUCGGGAGAGCUGGCUUUAAUACACUGACUGUGGACACUGAUGAAAUUCAAGUUAACUAUCCUGGAAUGUUUGAAUUGAUGGAAGAUUUACAAGGUAUGGGGGAGAGUAACUGUGCUUGGAAUAGGAAAGCCCUGCUGCACCGAGACACGAUGCUGGCGGCCGCAGCAGUGUACAGAGAAAUGUACAAAAAUGAGGAUGGUUCAGUACCUGCCACAUACCAGAUCUAUUACAUGAUAGGCUGGAAAUACCAUGAUUCACAGGCAAGACCAGCUGAAAGAGGUUCGGCAACUGUGUCAUUUGGAGAGCUAGGAAAAAUAAGCAAUCUUAUGUCACAGGAGAAAAAAUCACAAUAAAUAUUUUAUUCAGUGUUAAUGUA